AAAAUGUUGAAAAUAUCCACUCAUCGAAUAAAAUAACUCAAAAACUUCUUCAUCAUCUCGACUCAUCAAAAUCGAAGGGUAAUGACAAUGACAAGUCACUUGAUACUUCAAAUAUUAUUUUAUCGCCUCAAAAUAAAGUCAGAAUUGAAAAUAAAAAUAAAGAGCUCAAGUCUCUGCAAAAGUUGAUACUUCAACGAGAACGUUCAUCAGGUCCAAAUCUAUUGGGGGCCAAAAGUAUUGAAUCUAUUCUUGAUCCUCUUUUUAUCAACGUGGAUAUGGACGAUUCUUCACCUGACUCUUCCCCCUAUAAAAAAAAUAUUAAAAACAACAAUUAAAUCAUUGAAUCCUCUCCAGAAUCAAGUCCAAAGCAAUACAAAGUCACAGCACAAGUUCAUAAUUAUAAUCAGGAGGAUACUGACUCAAAUCAGAGUAAUCGUUCACCAUUGAAAGAGAAAAUUGAAAAUAAAAAACAGAGCCUGAAAAACUUCAAGACAGUUGAUGAUAUGAACGAAGUUGAUUCCCUUUCUACUGAUGAAGAUGAAAAUAUGCCUUUUGACAUGUUACCAGCUAUUCUCAGAAAAAACAAAAGACAGUUCACGGAAACAUUGCAGUCCGUGGAAAAGAAAACGCAACAACCAAGUCCUACAAAAGAAGAACUUCAGUUGCAGAUUAAAGAAUUAUUGAAAAAAGUAAAUUCUAAGAAAUUGAAAAAAGCUCAUGUAAGACCAAUCACCUGGGAAUCAACUGAUGAUAAUAAUGAUAAAUCUCAAAAGAACCAUGACACAAUCACCUCACGAUAUGAUGAUCAUCGCAGUGGAUCUCAAGAUAAAUUAAGUAAUAACACAAUAAAAUCAACUAAAUUGAACUUGAUUGAUGAUGAUUUGGAUCAACUGUAUGGGAAAGACUUUCCUAAUGAAACGAUGAAGCACAUUGGCCAAAAUAUUUACUGCAAAAGAAACAUCUAUAAAUUCGCUUUAACAGCAACAAGUGAUACAAGCAUUGCGCGGCGUUUACUAGAAGGCGUGUUCAAAAGAGAGACGUUGCUAGAAGCAACAAUAACUGGACGAUCUGGAACUAAUAAACCAGGAGCAACAAGAGGACAUAUGGUUACUCUUUCUAUUCCAGCUGUUGAUCGUAUCAUUGAAUUUGCACAUGAUAUUGCAAUAACGAAAACAAGUUUACCCAGUAUAAGAACUGCUAUGGCUCAAAGACUUGGUGAAUUACGCAGAGAAGCACGAAAAAAUGCUAAUGUCUAAGUAAUUCAAUUUUUCUUACGGUCGAUGGUUGAAAGGUGAUUAUUGAUUUUCUUUUCUUGUCAAAUCAAGUGAUCUAAUCAUUCGAAUCAUUCAAGCGAAUAUCAUUUUUUUUUUUAGUUUUAAA